GUGGCGCUGGUGGCGGCCGCGAGACUCAGUGCCUGUGGCCCUGCCAGUCUCGCAACGAUAACCCGUAAUCCGGACUGGGAGCUACACCCGCUGGGGAUGCGCCCAGCCCGCCUCUCCCCGCAGCAGCUAGUUAGCUCGGACCUCUAAUCACCCCUCUCAUCCAAGGACUGAAGCACCUGCCGGAAGUGGGUAGGGAGGAGGCCAGUUGUAGGCAGUCAGAAGUAAACGCCAAGAGCGGUCCGUGCCUGAGUGCAGAAACUGGGUGGGCAAGGCUACUACCACCUCCGGGGAAAGCCAGCCCAGGGCUGCGGGGAGACGAUGUUGGCUUACCCUGCCUUCUAGGUGCACCCAGACAUCGACGUGAAAUGCCUUGGCACCAGAGCAGCUGCUCUAACCACCCCCUGGGACUGUAAACUCAGAUGGGACAGGACCAAGACGUUAAGCCAAACUUUGAACUUCCCAUCCAUCCUUCUACCCCCACUGCCAGUCUCCAGCUCUCACACUCCUCCUUCUUUCCCAGCUUCGGUGUCUAGUUACGGCUCUUCUGCUCUCUCUUUGUGGCUUUGGACCAGGUUGGAAGGAAAUGGCCCGGGACGGUCCCGUGCGGCUGCAUAAAAUUGGCAGCUUCAGAAUUAGGGGGAAGGAGGGUACGCGACGUCGAGGGGCGGGGAAAAGGGGUGGAGGAGCUGCUUUUCGAAUCCAAGCCCUUGGGCUCUCGGAAAUCUUCAGGCUUCAGGCGGGAGCAGAGGUGGCAGGUGGGCCCAGCCGACUGUGCACCUCUACUGUUUCCACCUCCUGCUCUUUCGGACUGGAUUCACCAAGCUGCUCCUAAGGGCCUAGUCCGGGACAAUAGCAGGGUGCCACCAACGCUCUGAUGCCCCGAGUGCUCACAGGGCUUCCAGCUAAGCAUGCUGCAGUUGCCUUGGCGCUGCCCCUUCUACUGCUACUGCUGGUGGGGUGGAUGCCACCACCGAUCAGCGCAAGGCCGUCCCCAGGCCCGGAUUACCUGCGGCGCGGCUGGCUGCGGUUGCUAGCGGAGGGCGAAGGCUGCGCUCCCUGCCGGCUAGAAGAAUGCGUCACGCCUCGGGGCUGCCUGGCGGGCAGGGUGCACGACGCGUGCGGCUGCUGUUGGGAAUGCGCCAACCUCGAGGGCCAGCUCUGCGACCUGGACCCCAGUGCUCAUUUCUAUGGGCGCUGCGGCGAACAGCUUGAGUGCCGGCUGGACACAGGCGGCGACCUGAGCCACGGAGAGGUGCCGGAGCCGCUCUGUGUCUGUCGCUCGCAACGCCCGCUCUGCGGUUCCGACGGCCGUACCUACGCCCAGAUCUGCCGCCUGCAGGAGGCAGCCCGCGCUCGGCCCGACACUAACCUCACUGUGGCGCAUCCAGGGCCCUGCGAAGCCGAGCCUCAGAUCAUGUUGCAGCCAUAUGACAUUUGGAAUGUGACGGGGCAGGAUGUUAUCUUUGGCUGUGAGGUGUUUGCCUACCCCAUGGCCUCCAUUGAGUGGAGGAAGGACGGCUUGGACAUCCAGCUGCCAGGCGAUGACCCCCACAUCUCUGUACAGUUUAGGGGUGGACCGCAGAGAUUUGAAGUGACCAGCUGGCUGCAGAUCCAAGCUGUGCGUCCCAGUGAUGAGGGUACCUACCGCUGCCUUGCCCGAAAUGCCCUGGGUGAGGUUGAGGCUCCUGCUACCCUGACAGUGCUCACACCAGAUCAGCUGAACUCUACAGGCAUUCCCCAGCUUCGAUCACUGAACUUGGCUCCAGAGGUGGCUGAGAGUGAAGAGAAUGAGGAUUACUACUAGGUCCAGAGCUCUGGCCCAUGGGGGUGGAUGAGUGGGUAUAGUAUUCAUCCCUGCUUGAGAAGACCUGGAAGAGACCUGAAAAGGGCGAGCGAGCAGAGAGCAUACAUGAAAUAACUGCAGACAUCAGAAUCCUCUUUCCACCAGACUUCCCUCCUUCCCUGCUUAGCCAGUUUCUCCUAACUGCCUUUUCCCACAGACCCUGGUUCCUGCAGUUGUUUUCCGUGUUCCCAACCUUUGCCUAGCCUCAGUUUAUUCUUCCUCAAAACUCAUAUUCCAUCCAGGCAUGGUGGUGCAUACCUAUAAUCCCAGCCAAUAGGGAAUCUGAGCAGAAGGAUCACAAGUUCAAAGACAG